CGCCAGCCAACAUCGAGCCAGCACCCUCACUCACACUGGCACACAGUCACUUACAACGCUUGCCAGAGUACGGACGUGUCUCGUUCGUGCAAGCACCCCGUUAAACCGAUCGAACCAGCACAGCGAACGGACGCACAGCAAAUCGGGCAGCUUGCCACAGCUUUCCCACAAUAUCGACAAAAACCGGUGCCAGUGUGCAGUGCCUUCUUUAUUUAUUCGCAAAAUCUUGCUCUCAGCAUCGAAGAGCGAGGCAGAGAAAGUGUCAAGAAGAAAGUGGCAUUCCAACGGGGUAGUAGAGAUCCCGGAGCAAAUCCAAGUCAAGUGCAAAAGCAAGUGUUUGUGUGUGUGUGUGUGGAGGAAGAAAACAGAUAGUGAUCGGCAUUUUUCCCUCCAAAAUACAAAAAAGUGAAACAAAAAGGUGCGCAGAAAUUGGAGAAAUUCCAUGCUGAUUUGUGUAUAGGCACGUAAGAAAGGCGUGCACAAGUGUAAUCACUCACCCUUAAGUGCGUGCGUGCGUGCGUGUGCGUGUUUUGUAUAGAAAGAGGGUAGCCGGAGCCGGCGGUAAGAGCAGCACGACGCGACAACAUGAUACACGUAGGUGACAAUACCUGGAACCUGAAGGUCUAUAUUACCGACCUUCAGGUGCAGAAAACGCUGCGCGUCCGGGGCGAUCUGCACAUCGGCGGUGUAAUGCUGCGUCUGGUCGAUCCAGAAAACCCGAAAGAUUGGUCAGACCACGCACUCUGGUGGCCAGCCCGUAACCAAUGGCUAACGCGUACCAAGUCAACCCUCGACCAGGUGGGCCUACACGCGGACGCCCUGCUGCACUUCACACCGAUGCACAAAACGCUGCGAGUUCAGAUGCCCGAUCUGCGAUACCUAGAUUGCCGGGUUGACUUCUCGAUCAAAACGUUCGGUGCGGUUGUGGCGUUGUGCAAGGACCUUGGCAUUAGACACCCAGAGGAGCUGUCGCUGUGUAAACCGCUAGAGCCGAUGCAUCUAAAGAAGAACUAUGCCGAUUUGGCUAAGAAGAAGAUACCGAUCGAACAGAAUGGCAACGGGCGGGACUACAUCCAUCUGCCGCCGGACACAAACACCUUCAUCCCGGUGGCCGCACACAACCUGAACGGCAGCAACGGAAGCUUGGACAGUCCCGUCAACCAUGGGCCGUUUUCGUGUGCCCCCGUACCGAACUCAAACUUCUCCACACCGAAACCGGCCCUGCAGAGCACUCCGAUCAGUUCGCCCACUGGUACGUUGCGGCACGGACACGGUUCCGGCUUCAGUGAGUCGUCGUCCAGCAUCGGGGAUAUGCAGGAAAAUUUGGCGUACAGUCCAUAUGCACCGAGCCCGGAAGCUAGGUCGCGCCUGUUGAAACCAAAAUCGUUGGUCGAGCGGGCACGCAUGAACAUCGGCUGGCUGGACUCGUCGCUGUCCAUCAUGGAGCAGGGCAUCCGGGAGUUUGAGACGCUCUGCCUGCGCUUCAAGUACUACACGUUCUUCGACCUGAACCCGAAGUACGACCAGGUGCGCAUCAAUCAGCUGUACGAGCAGGCCAAAUGGCAGCUGCUGAACGAGGAAAUCGACUGCACCGAGGAGGAGAUGCUGAUGUUCGGUGCGCUGCAGCUGCAGGUGAACAAACAGAACGAGAUCCCGCAGGCCGACUCCGGUAUCGACACCUCCAGCCUGGACAAUGCGGCCGACGACGAUGUGGAUGCGGCACUGCGCGAACUGCAGAUCACGCUCGAAGGGCCGAGCAAUGGGGUGAACGCGGGCGACAUUACGCAUAUUCCGGAGCUGACCGACUAUUUGCGCUUCUUGAAACCAAAAAAGUUCACCUUGAAGGGUUACAAGCGUUACUGGUUCACGUACAAGGAUCUACAUCUCCAUCUGUACAAAUCGCGGGAGGAUUCGCGCUCGAACAGCCCGCCCCAGGUGACGAUCAAUCUGCGCGGGUGCGAAGUAACGCCCGAGGUUAAUCUCGCGCAGAAGAAGUUUAACAUCAAGCUGGAGGUACCGCUGGAGCAGAGCAUCAACAGUGAAAUGUGGAUCCGGUGCGACAAUGAGGAGCAGUACGCCAAGUGGAUGGCGGCCUGUCGGCUCGCGUCCAAGGGCCGUUCGCUUGCGGACAGCUCGUACGACAGUGAGGUGGCCAGCAUCCGGUCGUUCCUGAGCAUGCAGAAACCGGCCCAGGCGCCGGCGAUCAAUCUAAACCCGGGAGAGAUCGAACCGAACGAAUAUCUGGCCCCGCGGUAUGUGAAGAAGCUGAAGAACAAGGCCAUCAUCCGGAUGCUGGAGGCACACGCGAACGUGAAGGAUUUGCCGCUGAUCGAGGCGAAGCUGAGCUACAUCCGGGCGUGGCAAAGUUUGCCCGAGUUCGGCGUGACACUGUUCGUGAUCAAGUUCGACGGACACAAGAAGGAGGAGCUGCUCGGUGUGGCGAGCAAUCGGAUCAUGAAGAUGGACAUUGCGACCGGCGAUCAUCUCAAGACGUGGCGGUACAAUACUAUGAAGGCCUGGAACGUGAACUGGGAGAUCCGCUGCAUGAUGGUACAGUUCCAGAAUGAAACGGUCGUGUUCUCCUGCCUGUCGGCGGACUGUAAAGUGAUACACGAGUUCAUCGGUGGCUACAUCUUCAUGUCGAUGCGUUCGAAGGAAACGAACCAAACGCUCAACGAGGAACUGUUCCACAAGCUAACGGGCGGUUGGAACUAGAGAAUGCACACUCCCAGUAUCAGUCGCAGCGAUGCUUCGGGAUGAUUUUACUCGUUUCGCGUGCACCAUUUUACGUUUACGUUUUUGUACUUCUUGUUGUACUGUACAUAACACAUUAGCGGUUAGUGUUUUAGCGUUUACUGUAAUCGUGUACAUCCAUCCCUUUCCCUAGGUGUUUUAUGUUUUGUUUAACAUGCCCGCUUUUGUAAUCGUAGCUUCCCUAUUACGUUGUGGCAUCCUUCUCGGUAAUUUUCCUCCUUGCUGUAUCCCGUUCUUUUUUUCUGUUUGUUUCAUAUGUUGUUUUCAAACAAACAAUUUCCGUGUACAAACACAGAAGCAAAACCAAUUCAAUUAAAGGUACGCCGGCGGGACGGUCAGACACGGUUCUCGGCUAUAGCAAUUCUUAGGCAAUAUCGAAAGCGACUAGCAAUGAGCAGGAAGCGAAAACAAUCAGAUGCCUUACUUAUUAAUAAUUAGGAAAAGCGAUUAAAAAAGUAUUUCAUGGUUAAAGAUGUGUUGUAGGCCAAACCAGCAGCUCCAAGCGCGGAUCGGGAGGAGUUAGUUUUAACAUACGACAAUCGUGUACGGUUAGGCUUUACGGGAUUAGCCACGAUACGGUCUUCCCCACAAUUUCGUGAAGCGAAAAAUAAGGUGCCUAUGCAGAAGAGCUAUUCAUUAUUGCACGUGUUAUCAUCAUGCAACUGCUUUUGCAAAACGGUCGGCGAACCCACAACGACGAACGAUCGAUCGGAGUGUUGUGUAGUAUUUUUGUAAUUUGAAUUAUUUUUUUUAACUGCUGCACUACAGGUUAACAAAUCGAUAUACCACUACCAGGAGAUGCAAGGUCUACAAUGAAACAGUUCAUGCCCUUGUCCGCACGCUACUUAACAUUCUCACGGGUGUUGUUUGUUUGACGAUUUGGUGCAGCCAAACUUACGCAUGAUUCUUGGUGAAAUGAGUUCAACCCUCACUAGCACAAACUAAUUCGCCACCGCUUCCGGAAGAACGGACGGAUGGUGUGUGUCGGCGUUACUUUUUUGAUGUAUUCGUUUUUUUGUCGGCAAUCAUGUUAGGCACUAAUUUUACUGUUGUACUAAAGUAAUAAAUUCGAUUAACAAUUAAUAGCGA